UGAUUUGAAAGACUAAACUGAUCCCCAGUCAGCACUCCUAGAUCAGCACCGCUUUGUGAAUACGAGCCCUGGUCACUAUGGUGACCUUGCAGAGAGUAGGAUGGUGUUUCCCCGAUCAUGGGAAAGGUUUGUUUUGUGUUGUCCCCUCUACUGGUUAUGAGUGGGGGAGGGUAAGCUGAUCUUAGACCUGUGCCCAGUAACCUCUUGUAGAGUGACCUUGUAGCCUGCUGCACUCUGCUGGCAUUCUCUUACAGUUGGUCAGCACUACUCUGUCUCAGCAGCACAAACAGUGGGGUCUCUCACACACACAUUCUCUCUCACUAACCACCCCACUCACACAUGCCAUCAGAAAAGAGUGCUUUGUGUAUUCACAGACUGGGCAGCAGCUAGAGAGAGAGAGAGAGAGAGAGAGAGAGAUGUGUGGGUACAGGAAGAAGCUCUAACGAGAGUUAACUGGAGAGAGAACGAAAGUGACAGAUCAGACAUCCAACACAGGAGAGAGAGAGAAAUCAGAAAAAGAGAAAGUGAGAAAGAGAGAUCAGAGCAGGAAAGAGAGAGAGAGAUCAGAACGAGAGAGAUAGAUCAGAGCAGGUGAGAGAGAGAGAGAGAUCAGAACGAGAGAGAUAGAUCAGAGCAGGAGAGAGAGAGAGAGAUCAGAACGAGAGAGAUAGAUCAGAGCAGGAGAGAGAGAGAGCUGUCUCUGAGGACAGACAGAGCCGGACCACCAGACAGUCAGUCUAAAUGCUUAGUAGCUGAGAGCUGUGCUGAGAGCUGCGGCUGUUGGCAGCAUUGAUUUCUAGGAGCUGUAAGCUGCUGGUACACAUGGCGUGGUGCUGUUGCACUCCUCUCCGGGCCUCCUCGUCCUCCUGCUGCACUCCGCUUCUCAAACGCUGCCCUCUCUUCCCAGACAUCUCCCCUGCUGAGCUGGAUGCACUAUGGAGGGAACCACCGUACACGCUAGCGGGAACCAAUGGGCACUUCACAGGAAAUGAUGUUAGGAAUCGAGGGGAGGAGGAGGGUCCGGGGGUGGAGUCUGGGGAAGGGGAGGCGGAGCUGGACAGUUACUGGACGAGGAAGGAGGCGUUCACCAGAGGAAGCACCGUGUCACUGGCUGUGGGAGAGAGGUUCUCCUCAGACGUGGUUCUAGUGUUCAGCGGUCGGCGGUGCUCAGGUGUAAUACCUGACUCUGAACUACAGGAGGCGCUCCGUACAAGACUCAGGGUCGUCGAGAGCAACAGUCAGGACGUCAUUCAGCUCUUCAAGGACCUGUCUGCCCGUCUGCUGUCUGUCCAUGCUGAGAAGGACAGCUUUGUCAUCACCUUCAAGACUGUAGAGGAGAUCUGGAAGUUCUCUACCUACCUGGCUCUGGGCUAUGUGGCGCGGUGCCUGGAGAAUUUCCUGUGUGACCAGUCGUUCUGGCUGGACACUGAGCUGCUGAGGGACUUGGAGAUCACUGUGACUGUAGACGAGGAACACCUGGCAACACUCUACCUGGGACUGCUGCUGCAGGAGGGUUCGUUCUUCGCCAAGGCGCUGGUGAGCAGUGGCGAGCAUAGCGAUGAGGAAGAGGAGUUGUGUUUCAGACGUAACGAUUUGCUGAUGGUUAGAGACACGGGGCAGGACAGUCACUGGGAGGGCACCCUUCUCUCCACCGGACAACACGGACUAGUGCCUGUCAACACCAUGCAGCCGCUGCCAUAUCCCUUCUACCAGUGGUUUCUGAGGAAGUACUCUGACUGUGCCGGAUGCUCCCCUUCAGAGAGAGGACAAUUUGACCACCCUAUAGUAACCGGAUCCUGUGAGGCUGUAGUGGACCACAACCCAGUAGGUUCUGAUGAGCUCCAGCUGAGUCAAGGUGACCUGAUUGAGAUACAGGGGAUGCUACUUCGAGGUCUGGACCUGUUCAUAGGAACACACUGCUCUACAGGAAACACCGGCUUCGUGCACAAGGCUCACGUCAAACCACUCAACGCCAAACCCCCAGACAGACAACUGGUGUUUCUAAGUGAGGAGGAACGUGCGUCAAUGGCCCAGAUUAACCCCUGCAGUAGUGAACCCAGAGACAGCGGCCUCCUAGAGAGACUCUUCUCCUCUGACAUCAGUACUGUCUACAGACUAGAUAGACUGGAUCAGUCUGACUUUACCUACAUCAGAAACCAACCAAAACAAGAGCAUAAGCUCCCCGUCAGCGCCCGGCAGUCCAUCAUCUCAGAGAAGAGUGACGCAACACCCCCCUACCACUCCUCCCCCCGCCCCUCUCUCUCUCACUCCUCGCCCCGCGCCUCCUUCUACGCCUCCCAGAAUGCUUUGGGGCGUGGCGGUGACGGGGAGUUGCUGUCCUUCAGUCUGGACGACACCUUCAGAGAGAUGAAUGAGUUCCAGGAAGACCCACCCCUUUUCCUGGAGGAGGGGAGUUGGGAGGGGGUGGAUCCAGAGCUCUGUGACCCAACCCUGACUCUGCUCAACAUGCAUCACUUCCAGGAGGACUUCCUGCCCCUCUAUGACCUAAACCACUCCUUCCUGUGGCUGACGUUCUCAGGACAGAGUGAGGAUGAGUUACUGGGCCAUCUGGAGAUUGUCAGGGAGGGGGCCAAGAGAACGGGCAUGGCCUGGGCACACCGACGGGCAUGCUUCCUACUGGGGAGGCUCUGCGCCAAGAAGCUCAAGUACUCCCAGGCCCGUGUGUAUUACGAGGAAGCCCUUGGCGUCUCUGUUGACGGUUUCUCUGACCUCCCUCUCCUCAUCGCCCUGUACACCAACCUCACAGCCAUCUACCUCAAACAGAAGAUGGCCGACAAGCUGCCCCCGACCCUGGAGAAGGCCAGUGCUCUGCUCCUCUGUCUCCCCAGACACACCUUCACCUCCCUGGAUGAGUUUGAGCUGCUGAUGCUGGUGCUGCGGAGGUCUGUGGUGGAAGGGGACAAACACCUGGAGGCACGGGUCUGUUACCUCACCGCCAGCCUCUUCCUCCUCCUUAGAAAGAUAGAUGACGCCCUGCCCUUCGUGGAGCGCCUCCAGUUCCUCACCGUUACCCUGUCUGCUGAGGAGGGGCGCCCCAUCGCCCCCCUGGACCUCAACUGGCUCCUGUCCCGGCUCUACCACCGUAAAUACAUGCCCUACCUGGCCCUGGCAUCACUCAGCCUUGACUCUGGACAGGAUCACUCACUACAAGACGCCUUCCACAGGAUAGAACUGUUCAGCAGGAACUCGGUGCGUCUGAAUCCGCGAUGGAAAGAGGGGACGUCUCUCCUCCCCGCCCAGAUCGUGGUGUAUCUUCAGCAGGCUCUGGCCAUUGCGGAGCGGGGUGAGGACCUUAAGACCCAGAGGGACCUGUGUCUGGGCUUGGCCUGUGUGUACCAGCAACACGGCGCCCUGGUGAAGGCCCUGCCCUGUGCCCAGCAGGCUGUACAGACCGGGGGAGGUAUCAACGAGGAGGAGGGGUUCGAGGCUUCAGUACUGCUGGGAUGGUUGUUAGUCCUGACGGGAGAGCCUGAGAGGGCACAGCACACCCUGCAGCCACUACUGCAGUCUCUACAGGGAACCGACAGCCCGACCCAGAGGGGAGUGGUCCACAACCUGCUGGCUCUGUGUCUGCGGCAACAGGGUCGCAUCGCAGAGGCCGGAAGCCACCUCCACCACGCCCUCACCAUCUCCAGGGAGAGUGGCAACCAGAGGAACCAGGCCCUGGCCCUCGCCAACCUAGGCUGCCUGGCACUGGGCGUGGGGGCACCCACACUGGCAGAACGAUUCCUAUUCAGGUCUCUGUGGUUGUUCCUGGAGAUCUGGGAGAGUCCCGUUGACGAGGAGCACGUCCAGACCUACCUAUGGCUGGGGCGGAGCUACAAGGACAGGGGGAGGAGCCAGGACGUCAGGCUGUGUUUUGAGAUGGGCCUCCUCAUAUCCCUCCAGGCCAGGAACCUCCAUAGUCAGAUGGUGGUGGCUAAAGUCCUGAGUCGUCACUAUGCCGACGUGCUGCUGUAUGGACAGAGUAUCCUCUACUAUGAGCACUGUGUGUCUGUGUCCAGGGACCUGAAGGACAAGAGACUAGAGGGAGAAUAUCUAGAGAUCCUCAGUAGCCUCUACCUGUCCCUCAAUACUGAGAAAUCAUCGAGGAAGUCUCUGGACUACAGUAAGCAGAGUCUGCGUAUCUCCAUUGACUUGGGGAAGAGAGAGGAAGAGUCAGAGACGUGGCUUCAGGUGGGACGCAUCUACUACCUCAUCCGUGAAGACGAACUGGCGGACAUGUACCUACAGGCAGCGGUGAAGACAGCCCUGAGGAUGAAUGACCCUCGCUUCGCCAUGAGUAUCUACGAGGAGGCAGGAGAUAUCUUCUUCAAAGGCCACAGGAACAGACUGGCGUCACUGCCCUUCUACAGGGACGGCAGUCUCCCGUUUGCUCGGAGCAUCCAUGACGUCCACUCAGAGUUCAGACUGCUGAGUAAACUGACUGAACUACUGAUGACCCAGGAAGAGUAUGAAGAGGCUCUACAGUACGCCAUUCUGGCUGUACAGAUCAGUACCAAAACAGGUGUGUGUGUGAAUGAGCGCGCAGCGUACCACCGUCUGGCUACAGUGUACUACAGUCUGGAGCAGUAUGAGAUGACAGAGAACUACUACCUCAAGUCUCUGUCUCUCAGCCCUGCUGUACUGCAGCACCCCCUGGAGGCUAGAUACUACACCAAGCUCUACUGCAGGCUGGGGGAUCUGACCCUGCACAAACUAAAGGAUGCCUAUGACUCGGUGGGCUACUUCCAGCUGGCUCUAGCUGCUGCCCUGGAGGACCGUGCCAACCCGCAGGCGCUGUAUGUGGUCUACAUGAAGCUGGCAGAGAUCCAUGCCAACCAUAUGCCAGACCCACUCCUCUGCCAGGCUUACAGGGAAAGAGCACAGAGCCUGAGGAGGGAACUCUCUGGGCUGGAAGAGAUGGAUGGGAGGGAAGGAGAGACAGAGGAGUGGAGAGGAGAGAUGGAGGGCAAAGGAGAGACAGAGACAGAGGGAAGAGAAGAGACAGAGGGAAGCACUCUGGGAAGGGUGGCCAACGGAGAAGUGGGCGAGUCUUCGGGCCCCGUUCCUGUCCGGAAGGAGUAUUAUGAACGUAACAUCGAACAGGCGGCUAACUACGACGGACUCAAACGGGAGAUACUCUGCCGCUAUGGGUACAGCCAGGCCCGGUGGACCCAACUGGUCCCCCCGAGCCCAGAUGACCUACUGCACAUCAUCAGGGUAUGGCUCCUAACCGACGGAUAUACCCUCUCCAUCGUAGACAAAGUGGUCAUGGAUCGCUUCUUAAGUGCGCUACCCCACAACAUGAAGAGGGCUGUGAGUCUAUGCAAGCCCCAGACCUUGUAG